GGAGCCAGUAGCGACGGCGGCGGCGGCCGAGGCUCGCGGCUCCCCCGUGCGCGGCUCCGGCUCCCCGAGACUCCGAUCCCCGCGCGCAGAGGUUAUAAACAGACCUAGGGGAUGUGUGAUCACUGCUGAGUGACUGUGCGACUCCCCACCCCCAAUCUGCAGGGAGAACUGGGGACCUGCAGGGCACAGGCAUGCCCGUGCUGUCUGAGGACUCGGGUUUGCAUGAGACUCUAGCAUUGCUCACUUCUCAGCUCAGACCCGAUUCCAAUCACAGGGAGGAGAUGGGCUUCCUGAGGGAUGUCUUCAGCGAGAAAAGUCUCAGCUACUUGAUGAAGAUUCACGAGAAACUCCGCUAUUAUGAGAGGCAGAGCCCAACUCCGGUCCUGCACAGCGCCGUGGCCCUUGCUGAGGAUGUGAUGGAGGAGCUGCAGGCCACCUCGGUGCAGGGCGAGGAGAGAGAGCUGCUGCAGCUGCUGUCCACCCCGCACCUCAGGGCUGUGCUCAUGGUACACGACACAGUUGCCCAGAAGAACUUUGACCCUGUUCUGCCACCUCUGCCUGAUAAUAUCGAUGAGGAUUUUGAGGAGGAAUCUGUGAAGAUUGUCCGCUUGGUGAAGAACAAGGAACCCCUGGGUGCCACCAUCAGGAGGGAUGAGCACUCAGGGGCUGUUGUGGUGGCCAGGAUCAUGCGAGGGGGUGCAGCAGACCGGAGUGGCCUGGUCCAUGUUGGCGAUGAGCUCCGAGAGGUGAACGGGAUCGCGGUCCUCCACAAGCGGCCUGACGAGAUCAGCCAGAUUCUGGCCCAGUCCCAGGGAUCCAUCACCCUCAAGAUCAUCCCUGCCACCCAGGAGGAGGACCGCUUCAAGGAGAGCAAGGUGUUCAUGCGUGCCCUUUUCCACUAUGACCCUCGGGAGGACCGAGCCAUCCCUUGCCAGGAGGCAGGUCUGCCUUUCCAGCGACGGCAGGUCCUGGAGGUGGUGAGCCAGGAUGAUCCCACGUGGUGGCAGGCCAAGCGAGUGGGGGACACCAACCUUCGAGCUGGCCUCAUCCCCUCCAAGCAGUUCCAGGAGAGACGUCUAAGCUACCGGAGAGCCACUGGUACCCUUCCAAGCCCUCAGAGCCUCAAGAAGCCCUCCUAUGAUCAGCCCUGUGACAAAGAGACCUGUGACUGUGAGGGGUACUUCAAAGGGCACUACGUGGCUGGUCUUCGGAGGAGCUUCCGGCUGGGCUGCAGGGAGAGGCUGGGUGGCUCACAGGAAGGGAAGACAUGUGCAGGAGCUGAGGCCCCAGAUCUCCUGACCUAUGAGGAGGUGGCCAGGUACCAACACCAGCCUGGCGAGAGGCCCCGCCUGGUGGUUCUGAUUGGGUCGCUGGGAGCCCGAUUGCAUGAACUGAAGCAAAAGCUGGUGGCUGAGAAUCCCCAGCACUUUGGGGUCGCUGUUCCACGUAAGAGGGACACCACCAGAGCCCGCAAGAGCCAUGAGAAGGAAGGGGUGGAAUAUCACUUUGUCUCCAAGCAAGCAUUCGAGGCCGACUUACAUCACAACAGGUUCCUGGAGCAUGGCGAAUAUAAGGACAAUCUCUAUGGAACCAGCCUGGAAGCCAUUCAGGCUGUUAUGGCCAAAAACAAAGUUUGUUUGGUGGACGUGGAACCAGAAGCAUUGAAACACCUCAGGACCUCCGAGUUCAAGCCCUAUGUUAUAUUUGUAAAGCCUGCAAUCCCGGAGAAAAGGAAGACGUCACCUAUGUCCCCGCCUUGUGAGGACACAGCAGCUCCACUUGAGGAGCAGCAACAAGAGAUGGCCGCUUCUGCCGCCUUCAUCGAUCAGCACUACGGGCACCUGGUGGACACCGUGCUGGUGAGAGAGGACCUGCAGGGCGUCUGCAGCCAGCUCAGGGCAGUCUUAGAGAAGCUGAGCAGGGACACUCACUGGGUCCCCGUCAGUUGGGUCAGGUAACUUUAUCCCAGAACACGCAGGCUGGAGGAGGCCUCGAAGACCCUCUGUCGUCACUUUACCAUCAAGGAAUGUCAGACGCAGAGAGGGGGGCCACGUUUUCCACAAAUGCCAUCAUCAAGAAGAGUAGCAGUGGGAAGCUUCGUUUGUCGUUGGAUUUUUUUUUUUUUGUCUGUCAUUUUCCGCUGCACCCCUUUGACUCAUGUGUUGAAGGGACAGUUCACAAAAUUAACACUCGUCAUUCAUUAAACUAUCGCAGGCAAGUUGGCCUUGAUUCUUUGUACCAAAGCGACAUAGCCACUGUCUUUUAGGGGUGGCGGUGGUGAAUGUCACAGCGGUGUGGAGGAGUAUAAAUAUGACAUUCCAUUUACAAAACUGUGUUGGAAAUUAAGCUGUUUUACCCACGGGGAUCUUCCAUGCAACUGAAGGCAGCCCCCUUGUCUUGUAGCACUAAAGUGUUACCUUAAAACUGGUAAUAGAAUAAUUGAUUGUGGGCCCUUUUAAAUAGUGGGCGCACACGGACUUGUCUGGGAAGACGUGGGGCACGCCGAACUGCUGUGAGGGUUACUGUACUGUUUUGUGGCGCCGCGGUGCCUGUGCGGACUGUGGUGAGAUGUAAGACUGUGUGUCUGUCCUCUUUCUGAACACCUUUGCAUCCUGAAAGUGAGUUCUUGCUUUGUUUCAUUCUAUUCCACCCGCUGUCCCUUGUCAUACUGACUUGGUUCCCGCCCUGCCUCUGUCUUCAGGUUAUAAGAGUUCCUACUGUGUUAAAUUGUGGGGAACCAGACAACUCCCCUUUUCACAGCUGUGCCACAGUCAACAGUAAGUCAGUUCUGUCAGAAUAAAAUUACAUAGAUUUGGGCCAGAGAGAUGGCUUAGUGGUUCAGGCCCUUGCCUGCAAAGCCUAAGGACCCAGGUUUGAUUCUCCAGGUCCCACGUAAGCCAGAUGCACAUGGU